AUGUGGCAAUACCCCGACGUGCCCCGGCGACGGCCCAAGCUGACCGGCAUCGCAAGAGAAACCGUCAGCCAGAAUGCGAAGAAUGUCUUUCUGCCCGCACAGCUCGCUCACGCUGAAUACGCGAAUAGCCCGAGAGAGGCCUGCCCAUUGGCAAAGUACCAGUUCCCGGAACAAUGCUACAAGAUGCACCCGGAUCUGCCGAAAUUUGACCCGAAUCAUAAUUACCUGCCACCAACCGCCGUGCCCGCCCGGUUGGCCCACAAGAAUCAAGAGGGGUUCGGAGAUGUGAUCCGCGAGCUGCGAGAGAAGCCGGCUGUCCCGAUUUACAACGGUCCGUACAAAACCAUCGAGCCGCUCGACCCAAAAUUUCGGCCCGAGCCACAGAAACCGCUGGAGCCGAAGCAAAUAGCUGAUCACCGCUGCUACGCGCCCGUCAGCAUUGAGAAUCCGUCGAAGAACCAGUGUUGGUCGAUGUGCCGUUACAAUGCUUCGCAUCUCUAUCGCUACCCGGAGAUUGAGCGACACGAGAGGGAAUGCCCGGAUCGCGAGAUCUUCUUCCGA